UAUCGUAUAAUACCAAAUAAUAUAAUCCCUUCAUAAUAUUUGAUUUCCAAAUUUCAUAAUAUUUGCAUUACCAUACUUUCUAUUUAUCAUUAUUAAACUAAACUUUCUAUAACGAGAAUAUACGUUUCUUUUAUAUAAAAAGGCCACCCAGAGCACUUUCUCUGUACCACCAACCACCAAAAACCUUCGAUCCUACGACCACCGGAGCUCCGUUCGACAUGGCUAUAAAAGAAUGUGGCUCUCACCACAGCCACUCAUCCGGCUGCCGUAAAUUCUUUCCAGUCAUAAUACUCUUUGUAAUCCUUUUUGUAAUCAUUCUCGCAGUUUUCCUAGUUUGGGUAGUCCUUCAACCGUCGAAGCCACGCUUCUCCCUCGAAGAGGCCAUCGUCUCCAACUUCAACAUCUCCGGCAAUCCACUGAACAUCCUCAACUCAAACUUCCAAGUCUCUAUCUCCUCUGAAAACCCUAACGACAAGAUCGGUAUCUACUACGACCGUCUCAACCUCUACGCUUCUUACCAUAACCAACAGAUCACUUGGCAGACUGCGAUCUCUCCGACUUAUCAGGGACACAAAGAAGUCAAGAUGUGGUCUCCUAUCAUCGGUGGAAACUCCGUCCCCGUUUCUUCGGUCAUCGGUUUGCCUAUCGUUCCAGACCAACCUGGUACGAUCGAGUUGACGCUCUAUCUCUUCGGCCAAAUCCGUUGGAAAGUCGGAAGUUUCAUCACCGGUGAAUAUCACCUCCACGUGAAUUGUCCGGCGUCUAUUAACGUUGGGAAUAGUGCUGCCGGAGUUAUGGUCGGAAAGAACGCCAUGAAAUAUAGGAUCGCCAAGCCUUGCAGAGUUGAUGUAUGAGAAUAGUAGAAGACCACUUAACGAUACGGUGAUAACGUAGCAGUUCAGUUUUUAUAACUAUUUUUUUUAUUUACGUCACGGAGUAAUAAUAGCAAGAAUUACA